AUGGUCGACGACCCCUACAGCGCCCGAUUUUGCCUUGGACGCCAGGGUGGUCGUUUCUGUUCGUUCCCGCCGGAUGAGCCACCGGCUCUCGCGGAGCAAGUCUCUGGUCGUGCAAUCGUAGAAGAGACGUUGCUUCAGCUCUGCCUGUCUGAGUACGCGGCCGGCGCGGCCGCUGGGAACAACCCCGGUUCGUCAACGUCACCGACUGAAGGUCUACAGACCAGCGGUCUUGCAGCAGGAAACCGGCUGCUCUGGUCAUACCUCGAUGCCUGGUGCCGUGAUUGCACUGGAGACCACUUGAGAGGCGGAGAUGUGGGGCCCACUGAACCUCGCUCUACUGACGACGAAAUGGACUCAGCAGGGGAAUCUGGUGGCAAUUCCACCAGCGGUGAAAACAGACUAUUCGAGCCCUUUGAUACCAACUGCAGCCUCAAGAAGUUAACGAAUCUUGGCGUUCCUGUGGAGGAUAUGGGAAGGCAAUGUGAAGCUGGCAAUACCGCGGAAAACCUUCUUCAACGUCAGAUCGAUCUUCACUUAUCCCGCGUACCCGUUUUCUUCAUUAACACGAAAGAGAUGACAGGUGGAGACCUAACUGCUGAGGCGAUUGUGAAGGCACUGUGCCAGGCCAGCACUGGAUGCGGCGAACAAGGAGGAAGCACGGGCGGUCCGUGGUCUCCAUGUAGCGACCCGGCGCUCAUGAAAGCGCCAACCCUGAGUGAAGCGAAAGGUCACCGGGGACCUGGCGGCGAUGGGAUUGCUGUUGCAGCCCAUCUCUUGAAAACGUACGGCCGGUCUCCAGGAGACCCUGCAACAGCGCAUGCCGAUGGGGGAGACGGAGCAGCUGUCUCUACGGAUGAAGGCGGUCUCUACAGGCUGACAAAUUCGGAGGCGAUCCGGUAUCUUCACAAAUACAACAGAGAAGUAACUCACAAGGCCUCGGGAGCGACAGCAGCGGCCAUCUUCGAAGGAGGGACGGGCCAUCCGAGCGCCGAAGGCUCACAAGAACCUGUGAUGUCGCUUGGGUCCUUCCCAGUCUCAGCCGCAAAGCAUCCUCACCCAGCAGCUGGUAAGCGCGAUGCAGUGGGAGAGGAAUCUUCCCACGUGCCUGACCAGACGGACGGAGCGAUGGGCAACUCCACGCGUGAAGAGGCCGAGCCGGCUGGGGCAGGCCAGCCCGAGGGGGGCGAGCUUUUGUGCAUCGGCUGGGGAACCCUGGUAUGCAUUCUUCUUUUCGGAUUCGUCUUCUUCAAGUAUUUGUUGUCGGGGAAAAGCUCGCCCGCUGAACGGCGAACACAAGCGAAAAAUCCGGUGUCACAUACCCCCUCUGCUGGCGCCCGUGAAAAGACGUUGUGA